CUCAGCAGGAAGGUGGCGUCCAUGAUGACAACUUUAAAACACCGAUGGUAGCAGCAGGUCGGGGUUUUACCUGGUGGAUUUCACCUCAGCGGAAAUGUUCACGAGUCGUCAUCGCGUCGAGUAUCGGCAGCGUUUCGCAGCAGCUUAGCGGGCCGACGUCUGCUUGCUGUCCGGCUAGCAUGAGCCGGGCCUGGCGCGGCUGCUGUUUACAUCCAGUCCGGGCCAUGGGCCUGGAGAGCCGCGUUAGCUAACCGCGCUACUCGCGCUGCUCCCGGGAAGGUGUCACCCUAAAGCACGCAGUGUCAGGUCCGGGGAGGUCCACCCCAGCCGCCGAUACCUCAGGGUGAUGGACGUGUCCUCCCAGGAUCCUCCUCUCAUGGCAAUGGACCUGUCAAAGAGUUACAACCCGCUGACCCGCAGCCACGCUGAAGCCAUGGACCUGGCCAAGAAGCCCGAGUGGUACCACAGACGCCCGCCGAGCUGCAGCACAGACCUCGCCUCCUCGUACAGACCCAGAGCCUCAUCCUCCUACGGCUCACUCGCCACUCAGCCGGGAGCUCCCAUGCGCUGCAGAGACAUGGAGGACAGCCCAGAGUCUUUGGGGGGUUACAUGAACUCAACGCUGGCUCCAGGUCUGGAUCUGUACCAUGAUGGAGUCCACGGUGGUCUGUGGCAUCCGGGUUUCUAUGGGCCUGAGCAGAGCGGUGGCCCGGUUCCUGAAAGCAGCGGCGGAGAGGAGAGUGACAGCGGCUCUGAUGUCAUCUUUCUUGUCUCCUCUGCGAAGGAGCCGCUCCUGUGCGGUUCUUUCAUCCAGGAUGGCGUGACACACAUGGUGGAGCCCCUGUCCCCCGCUGCGUCCUCACUUGACGAGGAGCGAGGGUGUUACCACCUACCUCAACCUCUGAGUUCGCCCAGUCCUGACAGCUCAUACUCGGAUGACUCCUCGGACAGCUCGGUGGACAUUCCCGUACAUCACACCCGGCCUGUAGUUCUCCUGUCGGACCUCGGUGCCGUUUACAGCAACCCUGCUGAAUCUGCCGUCGACGUUUCCAGCGACGACAGCGACGUCAUCGAAGUUUCCGUAACUGAGCAGAAGAAUAAAAACAACUGCUACCAGAAAACUUCUCCUCCUCAUAGUGAGAGCGAAAAAGCUCCGCAAAGAGAAGUCCGCCGCAGCGCUCGGAUACGAAAGCCGGUUUCUGAAAUCCUGCCGUUCACCUAUAGCGUAUCUCGCCACAGCUUGAGCAGGCGAGCCAAACACGACGCUGUGGGUAUAUACAAUGAGAGCUGCGACUCCGAUGAUGUGAUGGACUACGCCUUGAGGGUGUCUAGCUCAGACGACUCACCAGUAAAGUCGCCACAAAGAGAGAGCUGCAAUUCAGAGGAGUCUGACGCAGAUGUUCGGAUGGACAGGAAGUCCCCGGAGAGGGAGAAGCAGCAGCAGCAGCCUCGCUGCAAAGCUUCAAAUGCGAAAAGCAUUAAACGCAAACAAAAGAAGUCGCUUGUGGCUCCUAAAACAAAAAAAUUAAGAAGAACAAAUCAGAAACAGCACUGCAGGAUCCCACCACCACAUCCAAAGUCCUCUGCCUACAGGGGUGCAGUGGCUAACAAAAAAACUGUCACAAGGCGGCGGAGAAAACACUGCCAUCAGACUGGGCCUUCGCCGCUGUUUUCUCCUAGAGAGCCUGAGAUAAAGCUCAAGUAUUUGAAUGCUAAAGAGGACAAAAAGGAGAAGAAAUCCUACGCUUUCUGCCCGUUUGUUCACAUGGAGCGGCAGGCAUGCACCGUGGUCAACUACCAGGAGGAGGAGGCAACAGUUCGGCGCAGUGGAGGAGGACAGCAGGUUGCUUGCAGGGCUCUGUCCGGGUUUGUUCCCAACACUUCCUGUUUCCAGCUGGGACGGCUCAGCUCGGAGAGCCGGUCUGAGUCGUCAUUGUUCUGCUGCCUGUGCGGCCACACUGCCAACGUCAUGGGCCUCGGGGACCUUCACGGGCCAUACUAUCCCAGUGUGGACGGUCAGAAGGAGGAGCUAAACGGACUCUAUAAAAGCAGUUUGGUGAAUUCCUCAGAUGACAAUGGAGCUGCUGACAGCAACGCCCCCCUAAAGGUUUCUCUUCGACUGAACGAGUGCUGGAUCCAUGAGGACUGCGGCAUCUGGUCCGCCGGCAUCUUUCUUAUCCGAGGAAAGCUGUACGGGUUGGAGGAGGCGGCGCGGCUCGCACAGGAAACGAUUUGUGCCACCUGCCAGCAAACAGGCGCAAUAAUGGGCUGUUUCCAGAAGGGCUGCCCCAGGAAUUAUCACUACAGAUGUGCCAUCCAGUCAGGCUGCGUCCUCAAUGAGGAGAACUUCUCAAUGAGAUGUCCAGAGCACAAGAACAAACCGUUCACAAGUGCAACCAGACAGCAGAAGAGGUGACACAGAAGACACGAGAGGGCUCUGGAGAUCUCCUCAGGGUGCGACAGGCUGCCUGACUUCACCUCAGCUGUUUAUCUCUCUUUUUUUUUCCUUUCUUCUUCUUUUGUAAACACUAAUUAAAGUGUGUGUGUGUGUGUGUGUGUGUGUGUGUGUGCGUGCUUGCGUGCGUGCGCUUGGGUGCGUGUGUGUGUGCUCAAGCAGAAGAAGAAAUCUUCUGGUAAGGUUUCACCCAUCACGACAGACAAGCAGGAAGCAGGGGGCCACUUUGGGUUGAUUUUCUGGGCUUUAACAGGCACUCACUCCUUACUCCUUACCGAGCUGAGAGUGUGUGUGUGUGUGUGUGUGUGUGUGUGUGUGUGUGUGUUAUUUAUUCCUCCUCCUGGAUAUCCACACUUGGACUGGUUUAUUAUUUGAACAUUGUUAGAGUUUAAAUAAGCUUUAUUGAUGUGUGGUAUAGAGUAUGAUAUCUUUAUAUAAGGCCACUUUUUUCUACUGUUUUUGUACUACUUUUCUAUUCCUGUUCAGUCAUAACAUAAUUUAUUUUCCUCCAGUUGCAUGCACGGCUGUUUGCUAUGAUGCACUUUAUAGUCUAAUUUUACUAGUUAUUACUCAGCUGUUAUUUAUGUCCAUCUGUUCUUCCCUUUUCUACUUAAAUUAUUUAAAUUUAAUAUAAAGCCGCACUAAGCUGAGAUUCACAGUUAGAAAUGAGGACGUCCUGUCCUCGCUGACGGAGAUAACAAGCUGCACAUUCACCGUAUUCAAGCACAUUUCACUUAGCGGUGUCAGGAGUAGGGUUUAAUAUUUUUCCCGAAAAUGACAUGAAUCAAAUCCCGGGAAAUGACGAGCCAUUUCCCGGGAAUCCCGGGAAAAAGUUUAUUUAUUUUUUUAUUUUAAUUAGGCCUUCUGU